GCCAAUCGAGGAAUCAGCCAAUCAAAUCACCGCAAAAUCGAUGACAAGCUUUACCCCAAACAAACAUGGCUGCGCCCAUGACUGAGAGUUAAUAAUCAAUGGCCGAACGCACGUCGCCGUUUCAGUCUUGUCUUUGAAAUCAAAUAUGGACCUACCUCCGAUCGGCAACCCGUACGCUAAUUUUGCGGAUGUGAGUGAGCGGAAGAAGGUGUCACUUGCAGACGCAAUCCACAAUUACCACGGGUACGAUGAAAUUGUCCAACUCGUUGAAGAAAACCCGGAUGCUGUACACACAAAAGGCUGGCACGGUCUGACACCUCUGCACAAAGCAGCACUUCGCGGGGAUCCCAAGAUCACACGCCUGCUGCUGGCUCAUGGAGCCAGCGUCAACGAGCCCAACGACUACGGGGAGACAGCGCUCCAUUAUGCCUGCAAACGAGGGGCCCUCGUGAAUAUUCAUGCCCUGCUGGAAGAGGCAGAGGUCAAAGGUGAUGUGUGGCACAGAGACUUUGCCGGGAGGAACUGUAUUCACCAUGCUGCAGCAGGUGGCAGUGUGUUAACCCUCCACUACUUGUCGGAGGUACAUGGGAUGGCAUUCCAUGACAGAGACGCCAAUGGUCAAACACCCCUGCAUGUUGUUUGCCUACAAGGUUUCCAGGAUGCCAUCAAAUACCUGCUGAAGAAUGACAGAUCAGAGCUUACCUGGACGGAUAACAAUGGCAACAUACCGCUGCACAUAGCAUGCAUCAAUGCCCUGAGUGAGGCUUGCUGGAUCCUGCUGCAGCAUGGUAACUGCAGCAUGCUGCGGGUCACCAACAACCUGGGUCAGACGCCGCUGCAAGUACUCGUAGAGGGGCGGUCCGCAAACCACCACUAUUUGUUCAAGGAGAUGAGUUACUGGGCGGACUCCAAGACCCCCAAACUGCCACCCAAGGGCCCUCUCUUCACCUGGUACUUCAUGCUGACCCUCCCGGCCCACUUCUUUGCUCUCAUUCUCAUCGUUCAUCUGGUCAUUCCUCGCUAUGGAGCUGUCUUCGUCACAGCAGCCACUGCUUGUUUGAUAUUUUACAUCGGUAACCAGGGUCACCGGCUCACUCACAUUUCCAGAUGGUCAAAUCCUGUGUACUGUGGUGCCUUUGCUGCAGGCCUCUUUCACACGAUACUCUGUUUUUGCUGCAAGUUGCUCCCAGUGCUAUGGCCAGUCAACACCUACAUCCAUCUGCUGAUUGAUCUACCAGUGCUCAUCAGCAUCAUGUACUUGUACGUGGUGCUUCUGCUCCGUGAUCCCGGCAAGUGUACAUUCUCAAAGGCUGGUCCGUCCACGGAGGAACCUUUUCUCGGCAUCAGACAUGUAGCAACGGGAGAGGUCAAUUAUGAGGGCUUCUGCGGACCUUGCGAGAUCGUCAUCCCCGAGCGAGCCAGACACUGUAAGCUCUGCGAGCAAUGCAUGCUGAACAUGGACCACCACUGUCUCUUCCUGCUUCGCUGCAUCGCUAAAGACAACCACCGACACUUUGUCCUGCUCAUCCUCCUGACGCUGUUGUCUCAGAUUCUCUUCCUGGUCUACUCCUUUCAGUAUCUGGGUCUCCUGUACCCAGGCCACGCGCUGUGGGACAUUGGGGUAGCCAUUGUCCACCGGCAUGGUUGGAUGUGGGGGUUAUGGCUGCUUAACGUCCCUUCCAUCCUGUGGGGUGUGUCGCUGCUUCGCAUGCAGCUACAGCUAGUAGCAAAGGGUCUCACUAUGGUCUGGCACCCGAAGUCCAACAAGAUGAAGAACAUCAGUGGGGCCAGGCUGUCCCGGUCAGACAAGCUCAGGAACUUGAGGAAUUUUGUCGCUGGGCGGAGGACUUUCACAGCAAUGGAGUUGAGCGAGUUGCAGAAAGUCUGAUACUUACAAGCUGUGACAUUUUUAGCUUGGAUUUCAAAAGUUUCUAAUUUUCUUUUUAUUGACUGCAGUGAUUGUGAUGUGAUAUAGUACUGAAAUUACAAUAUUAAAAGACGUGACUUCCCACUACGAGCCACCAUGAA